AUGAGUGCCAUCAAAGAAGUUUGCAAAGAAAAUGAAGUUGAAGAUGGGCUUGUCCGUAAAAAUGCUUUUGGACUCCCUGUCUCUAUAGAAGAGAAAUUGAUUCUUCUUGGUGAAAGUGCUGUAGGUAAGACUUCAAUCAUUCAAGCACAAGUAAAUAAAGUGUUCAAUCCAAGCAUUUUAUCAACAGUUGGUGUUGAGAAAGAGAGUUGGGUAUUAGCUGCAAAAGAGGGCUUAUUUUGUUGUGAAUUAUGGGACACUGCUGGACAAGAAAAAUUCCGUUCAGUCACUAAAACUGCGUACCGAGGAGUAAAUGGAGUGAUUUUUGUGUUUGAUGUGUCAAACAAAAAAUCGUUUGAUAGCAUUAAUUUUUGGAUAGACGAUUUCAAGAAAAGUGAAGGCGAUACAAUGACUUUCAUGUUAUGUGGAAACAAGUGCGACAUUGCCGAGAGAAUUGUAACCAAAGAAGAGGCCAAAACAUUUGCAGAUAAAAUUGGAAUGAAAUAUUUUGAAACAUCUGCCAAAAAUGGGACUAAUAUUAAAGAAAUGUUUAAAACUCUUGUAAAAGAAGUCUAUGAAAAAAAUCCAGAACUGUUUGGAGAAGCUCCACAAGUCAAAAAAAUUCAAAUCACAUCACAACAACAGAUUUCUGAUAAACAACAAACACAAGAACUUAAACAAUGUUGUUAA